CUCUCUGCUCCGCUCCUGGGCUGCAGCGCCGACGGGAGGCAGCGCUCCCGGGAAGGUGGGGCGCUCAGGGAGCGGAGCCCGGCUCCGAGGCGUACCGGACAAAGAAAAGGCGGACCCCCGGCGGGCACCGUUCGCCCCCCGCAGGGGAGAGAUCCCUGCGCUCCCGGACUCCGCUGCUGCAGGCAGCCCUGCGCGGGGCGCCCCAGACAAAGGGCCUGUCUAGCCGGGGAGCUAUCCGCCGGCCCGCCCCUGGGUCUCCGGCCCUCGGCGCGGCAUGUCGGCAGUGCGCAGACACCUCUGGGACGAGUACCAGGCAGUGGGCUCCGCCCGGGGCAGCGCCCGCAGGAAGCGGCAGCGCUUCGUGGACAAGAACGGGCGCUGCAACGUGCAGCACGGGAACCUGGGCGGCGAGAGCAGCCGCUACCUCUCCGACCUCUUCACCACGCUGGUGGACCUCAAGUGGCGCUGGAACCUGCUCAUCUUCCUGCUGACCUACACGGUGGCCUGGCUGGUCAUGGCCUCCAUGUGGUGGGGCAUCGCCUACCUGCGGGGCGACCUGCACCGCGCCCACGACCAGAGCUACUACCCCUGCGUGGCCAACGUGUACAACUUCCCCUCCGCCUUCCUCUUCUUCAUCGAGACCGAGGCCACCAUCGGCUACGGGCACCGCUACAUCACCGAGCGCUGCCCCGAGGGCAUCGUGCUCUUCCUCUUCCAGUCCCUGCUCGGCUCCAUCGUGGACGCCUUCCUCAUCGGCUGCAUGUUCAUCAAGAUGUCCCAGCCCAAGAAGCGAGCCGAAACCCUCAUGUUCAGCCGGGCCGCCGUCAUAUCCCAGCGGGACGGCAGGCUGUGCCUCAUGUUCCGAGUGGGCAACCUGCGCAACAGCCACAUGGUCUCCGCUCAGAUCCGCUGCAAGCUCAUCAAGUCCCGACAGACACCUGAAGGGGAAUUCCUACCAUUAGAUCAAUGUGAGUUGGAUGUUGGAUUUGGAACUGGAGCUGACCAGCUGUUUUUAGUUUCUCCUUUAACCAUCUGUCAUGAAAUCAACCCCAGAAGCCCCUUUUUUUGUCUCUCUCAAAGAUCGCUAAGAAGUGAGCAGUUUGAGAUCGUUGUCAUCCUUGAAGGAAUUGUUGAAACUACUGGAAUGACGUGUCAGGCUAGGACCUCCUACACAGAAGAUGAAGUUCUUUGGGGCCACAGAUUCCUCCCAGUAAUGUCCCUAGAGGAUGGCUUUUUUCGGGUGGAUUACUCUCAGUUUCAUGCCACCUUUGAAGUCCCCACACCUCCUUAUAGUGUUAAAGAACAGGAGGAAAGCCUGUCCCUUCCAUCUCCUUUGAAUACUCCUAUCGGUAACAACCGAAACAGAAGGGAACACAUCUGCUCAAUUGACUGUAUUGAUAUUUUAGAAGAGAAAACAAACAAGUUUCCUAGUAAAUUUCAAAAAAUUAGCUCCAGAAAGGAGGGUCUUCAGAGAAGAGUCCUGAGAAUGAGUUCCAGCAAUGUAGAGAAAGCUUGCAGUACUGGAGAUCUCUUGAAAAUUCAGCAGAUAAGUUCUGUUACCAGCAAUGAAGAUGGUGAUGAAAGGAUACAACUGAAGGCCUUCAGAAUCAAAUCUGAGUCUUUGACUCAGUCUACUGGAGAUCUUGAGGUACAGAAAAAGCCUCAAGACAAGAGGAAGGAGGAAGACGUUAACAGUUGACGUUCCCGGGGGAAGAAAUAUUGAUACGCCUUUGCUGAAGAAAGGGAGGGAAAACAUCUCCCAAGUUCUUCAGGAAUUUGAACUGAAGUUCCAGAAUAUUUGCAUGGUUAGGAAACAAAUACUAAUGAAAACUGGAAACAUGUUAAUAGAUGGCUUAGCCUGUGUCUCUGUUUUUGAACUGCUUGUACACAUACUAGAACUGCAAUGCUGUACUGUACAUUGGAGGGAGGGGAAAAAAUGAUGAUAUAGGCAAUGUGUUAACUGAAAAAUUAAUUACAUCAAAGUAUUCAUUUUCCUUGCAUUGUGUGGCAAUUAGAAAAGGUGUUUGGAUCUCAUUUUGUGCAGUCUGGGGAUACACUGCAACUAGAGAUUGGGCAAAAUUUGAAAUAGAUUUAAUAAUGGAGAGAAUCAGGAAAAAAAACCCACCACAAGACCUGCGUCUUUUUGGAUGACUUUUAAGAGGCAAGAAGAGUUUUACCAAGCCUUCCUUACCAUGGGCAUAGGUCUUUAAUUUUCUUUAAAAACUCAAGAGCAUAGCCACAUAAACGCACAAGUCCUCCUUUUUAUUUUCCCCAUAUGCUUACAAAAGAAAUCAAAUGUCAAACUACAAUUCUGUUAGUUGAUGCUGUUUAAAGAAAAGGAGUACUUGUGGCACCUUAGAGACUAACAAAUUUAUUUGAGCAUAAGCUUUUGGGAACUACAGCUCACUUCAUCGGAUGAGGUGCCACAAGUAGGAUAGGAUACAGAGGGACCUAGACAAAUUGGAGGAUUGGGCCAAAAGAAAUCUGAUGAGGUUCAACAAGGACAAGUGCAGAGUCCUGCACUUAGGAUGGAAGAAUCCAAUGCACCGCUACAGACUAGGGACCGAACGGCUAUGCAGCAGUUCUGCAGAGAAGGACCUAGGGAUGACAGUGGAUGAGCAGCUGGAUAUGAGUCAACAGUGUGCCCUUGUUGCCAAGAAGGCCAAUGGCAUUUUGGGGUGUAUAAGUAGGGGCAUUGCUAGCAGAUUGAGGGACGUGAUCGUUCCCCUCUAUUCGACAUUGGUGAGGCCUCAUCUGGAGUACUGUGUCCAGUUUUGGGCCCCACACUACAAGAAGGAUGUGGAGAAAUUGGAAAGAGUCCAGUGAAGGGCAACAAAAAUGAUUAGGGGACUGGAACACAUGAGUUAUGAGGAGAGGCUGAGGGAACUGGCAUUGUUUAGUCUGCGGAAGAGAAGAAUGAGGGGGGAUUUGAUAGCUGCUUUUAACUACCUGAAAGGUGGAUCCAAAAAGGAUGGAUCUAGACUAUUCUCAGUGAUAGCAGACGACAGGACAAGGAGUAAUGGUCUCAAGUUGCAGCGUGGGAGGUUUAGGUUGGAUAUUAGGAAAAACUUUUUCACGAGGAGGGUGGUGAAACACUGGAAUGCGUUACCUAGGGAGGUGGUGGAAUCUCCUUCCUUAGAAGUUUUUAAGGUCAGGCUUGACAAAGUCCUGGCUGGGAUGAUUUAGUUGGGAUUGGUCCUGCUCUGGGCAGGGGGUUGGACUAGAUGACCUCCAGAGGUCCCUUCCAACUCUGUUAUUCUAUGAUUCUAAGUACUCCUUUUCUUUUUGCGAAUACAGACUAACACGGCUGCUACUCUGAAACCUGUUUAAAAAUCACAUUCUUUAAAUAUAGAAACAUAAGGAAAGUCUAAAAAUUAAGACACAAAACAUUAACUUGGACACAGUGCACAUUGCUCAUUUAAAUUCUCUGGCUUAAAAGUUGCCUGCCGAAGAUAUUUUUAAAAAUUAGGCUUGUGCCCUCCUUUUGCUUCUUUAUGGUGAAGUAGAAUGACUGGAGGAGCGGAUUAUCUUUUCCUUGAAUAACUGUCUGUUGGUGAUGGGAAUUUAUUAUAAAUGAGCUCAGGCAGAUGUAAAUAUUGAAAGGCAGCAGAAAAUGGAGCAGCUAGAGCUCUUUUCCCUUCCCUGUGAUGAAAAUAGAUGUUUUAUAUACUCUAAAAUUGUCUGUAAAGUACCUGAGUGAACACAAAUCCUACACAUUUAAAACCAGAAGGGAUUAUGGUAACAGUACUCAUCCAAAAGGGCUUGAAAAACUAUGUUUGGGUUUCCAGUUCUAGCCCUGCAUGCACCUAGUCAUUGGUUUGAUAAGUAAAACCCACGCUGCUGCAAUUUUAUCUCUAGUAUUGUGAAGAACACAAACAAGCCUGUCUGUGCUACUAUUCUAUGUUUGCUUUAUCUUAUUGUGUACAAUAAUUAGUGCCCUAUUAAAUGAAUUGAUGUUUGCAAUAUGCUUUAAAAAUGUGUUCUAUAAAUGCUGUGAUUAUAAUAAUAAGCAGGAUAUCAGACUGAGAUAUUGUACUUCAGAUUAGUUUCAGCGGCCUAGUCCCCCUUCUUUAUUACCAGAUUCUAAAAGUGUACAGACUCUGUGCUGUGUGUAUUAUGCCCCCCGUCCUGGACUGGUGUAACUACACAGAUGUAGUUAAACUGAUGGGGAUUUUGCACCAGUGUAAAACAGGGGUACUGUAGUUACGCCUGUGCAAGUAUUCCUAAUCUAAAUAAGCCCUUAGAGCCAAUAUUUCACAAGUAAGCAUUGGGAAAAGGAAAAAGAAAAUUUCAAGCAGUGUAACUUUACCAAAAUUAUAGAGUAAUUUUUUUUAAAUUGUUUAUCGGGUGGGGUUUUAAAUGUAUGUUAUCCAAUACAGUGAUCCAGCAACUAAAAAUUGGGGUGAGUUCGUUGUUCAUGGAUCAGACCAUUCAGUGGUCUAAUAAGUUUUCAAGUAUAUAAAAGGUUCUUACAAGGAGGAGGGAGAAAAAUUGUUCUUCUAAACCUCUGAGGACAGGACAAGAACCAAUGGGCUUAAAUUGCAGCAAGAGCGGUUUAGGUUGGACUUUAGGAAAAACUUCCUAACUGUCGUAGUGAUUAAGCACUGGAAUAAAUUGCCUAGGGAGGUUGUGGAAUCUCCAUCAUUGGGGAUUUUUAAGAGUAGGUUGGACACACAUCUGCCAGGGAUGGUCUAGAUCAGAGGUGGGCAAACUAUGGCAGGACCCUCCUGCCCAGCCCCUUUGCUCCUGGCUCGGGAGGCUAGCCCGUGGCCCCUCCCCUGCUGUUCCCCUGCAGUCUCAGCUCGCUGCGCUGCCAGCGCAAUGCUCUGGAUGGCAGGGCAGCGUGCUCCUGGGGCCGUGCAGCUGCAGAGCUCGGCCUGACCCGGUGCUCUGUGCUGUGCAGUGGCUGCCUGUCCUGGUGCUCUGUGUGGCAUGGCUGUAGCGCCACCAGCUACCAGUGCUCCAGGCAGCACA